AUGUUGUACAAAUUAAUUCUAUCAGGGAGUGAUAUUGUUACCAUUCCACGAUGCAUCGAAAGUUUUGUUAGAUUGAAGUUCCUUGAUUUGAAUGAAUGCAAGCAACUUCGAAAAAUUUUAGGACUUCCACCAAAUGUAGAAAAGGUAGAAGCUAAGGGGUGCUUGUCAUUGGAAAUAUUUUUAGAAGAAGGUAGAAGAUCUCAAUUGUUUGAUACGGAGGAGCCACCAGAGCCUGUGGGGGUUAGAACGGUAAUUCCAGGACAACAAUCAUUGACAGACCUACAUCUAUCAGGUAGCGCAAUUGUUAGCCUUCCUACAUGGUUCAACAAAUUUGUUGGAUUGAAGAAACUUUACUUGGAAGAUUGCAAGCAGCUUCGAGAAAUUCUAGGACUCCCACCAAAUGUAAUAAAAGUGUCUGCUAAGGGGUGCGUGUCAUUGAAAAUAUUUUUAGAGGAAGCUAGAAGAUCUCAUUUGUUUAAUACCGUGGACCCACAAGAGCCUGUUGGGGUUGAAGCGGUAUCUCUAACACAGCAAUCAUUGGAAGGAAUGUUUCAACUUGAAUGCCCUUUCAACAGUUUGGUACGUCUAGAUCUAUCAAGUAGUGCUAUUGUUAGCCUUCCUUCAUGGUUCAACAGAUUUGUUCCAUUGGGUAGCCUUAGCUUGGAAGGUUGCAACCAGCUUCGAGAAAUUCCACAACUUCCACCAAAUAUAGACUAUGUCUAUUUGGGUAGAUGCACGUCUUUGGAAAGAUUUCCAUUUAAUAACAUAUUCAAUUUUCCAAAGCUUCGAUGGAUUGACUUCUCGGAUUGCCCUGAACAUAUAGGGAAUGCUCUACAAUAUCAUUUAUUCAGUGAGGGACAUCGUAAGGUCCGUAGAUUUGGCUGUUUAUUUCAGGGAAACAAAAUUCCAGAUUGCUUCAGCUAUCGUAAAGAGGUUUCAAAUACUAAUUUGUGUGAAAUGGAAAUCACCGGGCCUGUACAUUUGAAUUCAAAGAAUACAACAUUUGCUUUCUCUGCUGUUAUUGGAAUGAGCGAUGGACAAGAUGGAGAUAUUUUUCAGAUUCAUGUUGAAGUCACCAAUAAUGGUCAACCAAUCAAUUAUAGUUCCUCCAUGGAGACAUAUAAGUCAUCCAGCUCAGAAUGUGUAUGGUUGGAUUACAAUGGUUCAUGCCAUUCUCAGCUAAAGAUGGAUAAUCUUCGAGUUAAAUUUGAGUGUAAGGAUUUCAGUUAUAAUCCUUCAAAGACGGUGUUCUUUAAAAGUUGCGGAUUCCAUAUAGAACAAAGAUAUGAAGAGGAAGCGAUAGGUUUAAUGGAUGGUGUUGAACUUUCUAAGAGAUGUCGUGAUGAUGAUGAUGAUGGUGAUGGCAACUUGGAAUCCAAUUUGUACCCCCAACAAAAGAGGGACAAGAGAUAA